AGCUAUAUUUAAAUCACAGGAAUUUCGUAGUGCUGUAGCUAUAUUUAAAUCACAGGAAUUUAUUUCUGAAUCGCUGCUGAAAUGGGACAGAUAUCGUUUAGAAGAAACUUAGUUGUUUUAUUAAAUUUGGUUAUCUUGAUGUGUACAAUUGUAUCAGGCAUUCCACUAAAUUGGUGCGAUGAUGUGUUUAAAGCUAUAAGUUCCGAAGAUACAGUGGAAAUUAAAACACCAAGCCCACAAAAGAUUAAUUUCUGCACGGGAAUAAAUAAUAACAGAGAAAGUAAAUGUUCGUUCAAUACCGCGAAAUGCACGGACGAUUGUGGACCGCUUGGCCACCAGACCGAUGAAUGGGAUUGUCCGAUCAGUUGCGAAUGUAAAUCGAGUGGUUUCAUAGAAGGAGAUAUUAAGUUUGAUGAACAAAAUAUCCAGAUGAUUAGAAAGACAUAUGGGAAAGAUAAGGACUCAAAUGCAAGAGGAGCAAGUAUAGGACUAGACCUGUGGACCAAUAGAAUUAAUGGGCGUGUCAAGAUUCCUUUCGUCAUGAGGAACGAUACGUCAAACGCAUCAGAGAUAGCAAUUUAUGAAGCAGUCGCCGCUAUAUCAGGAAGUACUUGCAUUGAUUUUAUAAACAGAACUACAGAAGUGGAUUUUAUUGAGAUUAUACCCGACGUCGGUUGCUGGUCCUACGUUGGAAGGAGAGGCGGUAAACAAGAACUUUCCAUUGGGCCAGGAUGCGAAAUUAGUUGGGUGGUUCAACACGAGUUUUUGCAUGCUCUUGGUUUCUGGCACGAGCAGUCUCGACCGGAUAGAGACGACUACGUUAUUAUUCAAUAUGAUAAUAUUAUAGAAGACAAAAUCCACGCAUUUGAAUUACGAGCAAUUAAUUCACUCGGUUCACCGUACGACCUGCAGUCUAUAAUGCAUUACCAUGCUUAUGCAUUUACAAAGAACGGCGACGCUACCAUAUUGGACAAAGCAACGAAUGAACCGAUUAUUGGGCCUGAUCCAAGAGUAUUAACCCAAGAAGAUAUAAACCAGUUAACCACGCUGUAUUGCAACCCUGUUGUAACGCAAAGCACAACAACAUUAGCCGUAACAAAAACUACGACAGCAGGUGGAGCUGCAACCGGUUUAACACCCAACGUGUAUUUUACAGUCGCCUGUACUUUAGUCUUGAUAUUGGGAACAUAUUUCACUAGGGCGCCUGGAAGUUAGAGAAACGGCGCCGUAAUCAGUUUGCGGCGUUUUUUAGGAUGGGAAUCUGCGUGAUGGAACGUAAGUCUGUUACGCCGAAAGCAACUUCAUUGGCUUGUAUUCAGAAUAGUAAACAAAAUUGUUCAAGUAAAACUAAACUCAAUGAAAGUAUACACACACUGGCGAGCAAAUGGUUAAACAUAAGAUA